AUGGAUGAAGCAGACCGGUCACCGCCAAAAGAGCAGCCAGUUGUGAAACCCGAGGCACAGUCAAGAAUGGGCGCGCUUUGCACACAAUCAUCAUCAACGGAUCGCACGAAACACUUGGAAGAAUUGACGACGGAAGGGGACGCCAUCAUUCCAUUUUCCAAUGCCGUGACCGCAUCACCACUUGAUGUCAUGGAGGCUAAAGAGAACGACCGCACACCACCAAACGACAUGGAAAAGUUCGAGACUAGUGGAGAUGCGGGCGCGGAUACCGAUGAAGGUAUAUGGCACGAAAGCGCACCCUGGGCUGCACCAACGUCACCUAGCCCGAAACCCCUCGUAGGCCUUGCCGACCCAUCUGAGUUCCAUCUAGACUCAGCGCCGAUACGGGAAGCACCGAACAGCUCUCCCUCGCCGACGCAUGCGGAGUCACCCCUAUUACGUCCGCGCCGACUCUCUAUCCUCUUGAACAAGGCUAUAUCCUACUUCGGCAGCUGCAUAGGCAGCUAUUUCACAUCCGCGCCUGGCGUGAUCGAGUAUACUGGUGCGGAUAUCCUGCGAAAUACCCAGAUUGGCAUUGAGGCGGAAGAGAUCACAUUCCCGAAUAAAGCUCCAGUGAUAAAGAUCGUAGCUAUCGUAACCGAUAGCUCAGGCGCAGGCAGAGAAAAAGAUGAGAAACACGAGGCAGUGGAAAGGCGCGUUGAGUUACGGGCAAAGCCUAAGCGAGUGAAGGAGAUUUUGAGAGGGGAGCGAUAUUACAUUGCGGAAGAUUUCUAUAGGAAGGAAAUUCGGCUCGCGUUUAAAGCUUUAGGAAACUUGUGA